UUCUUAACUGACUUUCCUAGUAAAAUAAAAGUCAUGUGACUAAGGGUAUAUAAGAUGACAGCAGUAUGUGUACUGGCAUAAUUCAUUAUAAAGUAAUGGAUUUGGUGUAUAAAUAAUAUUGUUAAAUACAGAGACACCAGUCACAUCACUGUGAUUCCCAAGUGGAAACAGUGACUCAUUAAUCUGUGAACAAAUAUUUCAGAGAGAAUAACCCAGAUCAUUUGAAUGGGCUGAAACUAUUUUUGCAUCUCAGCUGUGGGAAUUUCAGCUGUGUCACUCUGGUUAGAGACAGAAAACCACCUCAUCCUGUCCAGACAACUGCAAAUAGACGUAUCAAACCUCUGAAUAUACGCAUAUAAAGGUAGACCAAAAAAAAGCAUUUCACAGACCGACAUAUAGUAGAAUAACAAUACAAUAAAUAUUAGUUGCUCUAGUUUGAGGUGGUUCUCACCUCUUCUUGAAAGUCAUGAGUCAUGACUGUCUUAUGUCAGACUAACGUCUGCAAAGCAGUACCCGUGGCCCAAGUGUUUUUUAGGGCCUGUGACAUGUUUGCUCUUGGGACAAUGGAGAGGGGGAGAUGGGAAACCUGUUACAUCAGUACAACAGAGAAAGGAGUGCAGGUGCCUUCACAGGGAGGGGCCUAGCUGAUGGCAGAUGACGUGACCUUGCCUUUGCUUUCUACCAUUCCACAUCCCCAUAGACUGUUCUUGAAGGGUUGAGUGAGCAUCAGAAUCAACAAUAUUCCAAAAGUACCUGGAGAACUAUUUGCCAUACAUUUUCAGCCUUAUCAUCAUUUGAGCUCAUUGAACUUGAUUUAAUCAAUGACUGCAUACUAGAAAGAGGAAAGUUAGUAUACCAAGAGGUUUGGCAAAGCUGGAGUGUAUCAAGAGAAGUUGAAGAAAUAUUUGUGAUCGUCCAUUUGUUGCCCUUUCAUCAUUUGAGAUUAUUUCACCACCUGCAUACUUGGAAGAGGAGAAAAGCCCAUUGUGAUGUAAGUAGGCCUUUUUGUUCAGUUACUUAGAUGAUUGAUUUCUGACUGUCUAUUUUGUUAAGUCUUUUUCAGACACUCAAACCAUUUAUGACUUGCUGGAAUGAAACUGAACAUUGAUUUACCAGUUGUUCAAUAAAAACAAGUCAUUCUUGAAUGAUUUGUGAGCUCUUCAGACGCUCAAACCAUUGUUGUUUCAUUAUAAAGCAGUGGGAGAUUGAUUCAAUUGUUUAGUCAGUACUACUUGUAAACAACAACUUCAUUUACUUCUUUGUCUACAUUUUAUGAGUUGCAAAUUUACACAGACACAGGGCUACACGAUUUCUCCAACAUCAAAUGACUGAGUGCCUUUCACAUUUUGGGCCCUGUCACGUUUUGUUGUCGUUGAAUUCUAACAUCUGCCUCCGUGUUUUCCCACCGAUUUGAAUACUUCAGAGACACCACUAUCGAAUUGAUUUCAAACAACUGGAUCCAUCUUUUUUUCGACAGAUCUCAGUACAUUUAAAAAGGCGCCACCAGCAGACCAUUCAAGAUGGAUAAAUUCCGUAUGAUGUUCCAGUUCCUCCAAUCCAACCAGGAGUCCUUUAUGAAUGGCAUCUGUGGUAUCAUGGCCCUAGCUAGCGCCCAGCUCUACUCAGCCUUUGAGUUUAGCUGCCCUUGUAUCCCGGAGUACAACUACGCCUACGGGAUUGGACUGCUGGUUAUCCCACCUAUAUGGUUCUUCCUACUAGGGUUCGUGUUGAAUAACAAUGUUUCGAUGUUAGCUGAGGAGUGGAAAAGGCCGACGGGGAAGAGGGUGAAGGAUCCGACGAUCCUUCGUUACAUGUUUGUUUCGAUCACGCAGAGGUCCUUGAUCGCGCCCAUGGUGUGGAUAUCUGUGACUCUUAUGGACGGGAAGAGCUUCCUGUGUGCGUUCAGUGUCAACUUGGACAUUCAUCAGUUUGGGAAUUCGACCCUCAUUGAGGGAAUGACGGAAGUGGAGAUUGUUAAAUUGUUAGCGAAGAUUCCAUGCAAGAAUAUCUUCAAUCAGCCCGAGGUGAUAUCGAGAGAAGCGGCAUCGAGAUAUAUCAAGUGUAUAUCCCAGGCGUUUGGCUGGGUAUUCCUGCUGCUGAUGACCUUAGCAGCCUUCAUGAUACGAGCCAUCCGACCCUGCUUCACCCAAGCUGCCUUCCUCAAGACCAAAUACUGGUCUCACUACGUCGACAUCGAACGCAAGCUCUUCGACGAGACGUGCAAGGAGCACGCCAAGACCUUCGCCAAGGUCUGCAUCCAGCAGUACUUUGAGAGCAUCAGCGGCGACAUGCGCAGCUUCCACAAGCACCGGUCAAGCAAAGACGAUAGCGACGAUGAUGAUGAUGACAAGAAGAAGAGCGACGAGGACAAGCUUCUCGGGAUCCACGACCAGGACGAUAUGAAUAAAGUUCUGUGGAAUUGGCACACGUGUAAGCCGCCUCUUGCACUGAGGAAGGAACAGCCGGAUGGAGAAUCCCAUGAAGGGCUCAUACCAAAUGGAGACAUCCAUGGAGUCAGCGGAGGACCAAAUGGAUAUGCUAACGGUCACGCUCCUGAUUUGCCUAAGAGGGAAUGGGCGGUAUACUACAGCAAAGUUUGAACAUUUCAAAAGAGGAUAAAGCACCAUUCACUGUGGCAUGGAUAUUUUUGAUUGACUAUUUAGACUGAUAAGACUGAUUGUCCUUUAAGAUUUAGACUGUGGUUUAAAGAUAGAAUUUAAGUCCUUUUUGUGGUGUGAUCAUUUUUAAUAAUUCAUAUUUUGAUGGAGGGCUUAGUUGGAAAUGAUUCC